AUGGACAAGCCAACUCCGCUGAUCAACUCGUCCAUGAUUAACCAGUACGCCGGUCAGACGGUGCGCAUCGUCGGCAAAGUCCAGAAAAUUACGGGCAACACGCUCAUCAUGCAGGCGUCGGACCACGGCACGGUCGAAGUGGCGCUCACACCCGAUUCGGAUAUCAGCGGCAGCAGCUUCGUCGAGGUCACCGGCAAAGUGAGCGACGGUGGCAGCGGCAUGGACGGCAAUCUGAUUAGGGAGUUCACCACUGUCGAUUGCGGUGACGGCGUCGACUUGGCACUCGUCGAGAACGUCGUACAGAUCUCAUCCGCUUUCCCCGCUCUCUUUACCGAGUCAGGUUGA